AUGAGGCCUGGGAUCAGCGCCGCAGACAUGAAGCUGUUAUACGUCCUCGUUCGCCGCAGUGGAUCCAUCUCCGGUCCAAUCCCUGAACUUCAGAGCUGUCGAGUGCUGGCAGUGGAGAUUCUGAUCGAAGAGAUUCUGAUCGAAGAGAUUCUGAUCGAAGAGAUUCUGAUCGAAGAGAUUCUGAUCGAAGAGAUUCUACUCGGAGAGGUUCUGAAUGAAGAGAUGAUUCGAGGAUUGUGA